UUGAUCAAACGGUGCUAUAAUGUACAAGAAGCAGAGAAAUUUGUGAGUAAUGAAAAGACUUGGUCAAGAAAUUAUACUCGGGACAGUGAUGAAGGCCAAGAACGUUUCUAUCGUUGUAACAAGGUAAAAUCCAAAGGGCCACAGUGUGAUUGUGCGUUGUAUUUAUUGUUUGUGAACGACUGUAAUGAUAUUCUUAUUUUUAAGACCACUUCAGAGCACAACCAUGACCAGAUUGGUACGCGAAGUGAGUACGGAAUUCCGGAAAACGUUAAAAGAGAAAUAAAUAAGCUGUUUGAUUUACGCCUAAAGCCAAAAUCUAUAUUAGAAGCUCUAAACAACAUGACAGGGAUAAAGGCGCCUUUGAAACGGAAGCUUAACAACUACCUAUAUGACAGAAGGCGCGAGAAGUUUGGAAGAGCUGCAAUUUACUUAGGUGAACUUGAAAAAUGGAUUUUCGACCGAACAACUAUUCCCGAUGAUGAAAAUGAAGUUUUCGUGUUCAGCUAUCACGUGAUAGAAGCGUAA